AUGGAUCCCGCAAAGCCUGUCGAUCUGCCCGAGAGGCCUAAGGAAGAGGCCGCUGUGCCCGACCCUAACAAGAAGUCGAAGAGCCAGGAGAAGAAAGAAGCUGCCGCGGCCCGCAAGGCGGCCCUCAAACUGGCCAAGCAGAAUGAGCCCAAGGUCAAGGGCGAGUCCAAGCCAGCACCCAAGGCCAAGGAGGCCCCUGCUCCUCGGGAUCCCAAUGCCAUGUUCAAGGUGGGCUUCCUGUCCGACGUAUACCAGGAAAAGCCCCUCUCCGAGACCGUUCCCAAGAUCCGCACGCGAUUCCCUCCCGAGCCCAAUGGAUUCCUCCACAUUGGACACAGUAAGGCCAUUGCGAUCAACUUUGGAUUCGCCAAGCACCACGGCGGUGAGUGUAUCUUGCGUUUCGACGACACCAACCCGGAAGGCGAGGAGGAGCGAUUCUACAAUGCCAUCCGUGAGAUCGUGACAUGGCUCGGGUUCACUCCUGUGCGCGAGACCUGCGCCAGUGACAACUUUGAGCGUCUCUACGAGCUCGCGGAGGACCUCAUCCAGCGUGAUGGUGCUUAUAUCUGCCACUGUACCAAGGCCGAGAUCAAGGCUCAGCGUGGUGAGAUGGAAGGCGGCCAGCGCGGUGGCGAGCGAUUCGCAUGCAGUCACCGCACACGUCCAAUCGAAGAGUCUCUCGCCGAGUUCCGCGCUAUGCGGGAUGGCAAGUACAAGGCUGGCGAGGCCGCCCUCCGCAUGAAGCAGGAUAUCACAGACCCCAACCCUCAGAUGUGGGAUCUGUUCGCCUGGCGCAUCAUGGACAGCGAGGACAAGCAGCACCACCGCACUGGUGGCAAGUGGAAGAUCUACCCGACCUACGAUUUUGCACACUGUCUGUGCGAUAGCAUCGAGGAGAUCUCCCACUCCCUCUGCACCACCGAGUUCGAGCUUUCCCGCGUCUCCUACGACUGGCUCUGCGACAAGCUCGAGGUCUACCGCCCCAACCAGCGUGAGUACGGCCGUCUCAACAUUACCGGAACCGUUCUUUCCAAGCGCAAGAUCAUUCAGCUUGUCAAGGAAGGCCAUGUCCGCGACUGGGAUGAUCCCCGUCUGUACACUCUGAUUGCGCUCCGCCGCCGUGGUGUUCCCCCCGGCGCCAUUCUCGCCUUCGUCAACGACCUCGGCGUGACCAAGAACGUCACCAACGUUCAGGUCACCAAGUUCGAGUCCAUCGUCCGCCAGUACCUCGAGACCACCGUCCCCCGUCUGAUGGUUGUCCUCGAGCCUCUGAAGGUCAUCAUCGACGACCUCCCUGACGACCACCUCGAGCUCCUGGACUGCCCCUUCUCCAAGGAUCCCGCUUUCGGCACCCACAACAUCCCCUUCACUAAGACCGUCUACAUCGAGCGCUCGGAUUUCCGCGCCGUCGACUCUCCCGAUUACUUCCGUCUCGCCCCCGGCAAGACAGUCGGUCUCCUCAAAGCCCCUUACCCCAUCACCGCGACCUCUUUCGAGACCGACGCCUCCGGCGAAGUCACAUGCGUGCACGCCAAGUACGAGAAGCCCGUCGAAGGCGAGGCCGUCAAGAAGCCCAAGUCUUUCAUUCACUGGGUCGGCGAGUCCGCCGAACACAAGAGCCCUGUCCGUGCCGAGAUCCGCGCCUUCAACUCUCUCUUCAAGUCCGAAGACCCAUCCGCUCACCCCGCUGGAUUCCUCGCCGACAUCAACCCUGACUCCGAGGAGAUCUACAAGGAUGCCAUGGUUGAGACUGGAUUCCGGGAUAUCUCCGCCUCGGCGCCUUGGCCAAAGGAGGAGGGUGCCGUUGAGGAGGGCGGCAAGGAGGCUAACAAGCAUUCUAUCCGAUUCCAGGGUAUGCGUGUUGCGUACUUCGCUGUUGAUCGGGAGUCGACUGAUGAGAAGCUUGUGCUCAACCGUAUCGUUACUCUCAAGGAAGAGAAGGGCAAGAACUAA